AAAUAGUUAAUUUAGAGUUUACCCGACCCAAUCUGACCGGUUCGAAGGAAACUGGGCCGAUCCGAAUAGACGGUAUCAUCACAGGCGAUACAAUAGGGAUCAUCCGCAGGCUAUGGUCUUCUUCCUUUUUCCGUUUCCGUUUCCGGUCACCGGUUUUAAUCGUCUUCUUUUGACCAAGACAUAGAUUAGGAGCCGGAUAACACUAUAAACAAAUUGAAGACUUGUACAAUUGGUUAAAGAUUACUGUUCAGAAUACAUGGCUUGUCAAAUGGGAUCUUUGAAUCUGCAGUGGAGACUAUCAAUUACAGAGAACGAAAGCUCCAAAAGAUCAUUUGUAGCCCUUGCAAAUUAUAGAAUCCCCAACUGUUGUGAGCCAAGUUUUGGCAGACUAACUCCAAAUGUUGGCAUGAAGUCUUUACCUUUUUCUCAGAGCCGUUUCCUGGGAAGAAAAGCUGGGUGGAAAGUAGUUUUGGCCUUGAACACAAACACAGGCGGAGUGUCUGGUAAUGGUGAGCAACAAAGCUUCAAUGAUUCCGGUUCCAGCUUUGGCGGCACUCGAUUAGGUAGGAUACUGAGUGCAGGUGGAAGACAACUUCUAGAAAAGCUGAAUUCAGCUAGAAAGAACUUCCCUAUGAAAAUAUUCCUGCUACUUUUGGGUUUCUACACGGCAAAUGCACUAGCCACAAUCCUUGGUCAAACAGGUGAUUGGGAUGUUCUGGUUGCUGGUGUUGUAGUGGCUGCAAUUGAGGGGAUUGGUAUGCUAAUAUAUAAAAAACCACCUACUAUGAGGACUGGGAGGUUGCAAUCUUUUCUAGUGAUGGUGAACUACUGGAAAGCAGGCAUAUGUUUGGGCCUCUUUGUAGAUGCUUUCAAGCUAGGAAGCUAAGGACCAGAAACCCGUCUCUCUUGCUCUCUUCAAUUUAUUAUUGUAUUCCAUAAAACCAUGAUAAGUCAUAAGUGAAAAGUUACUUUUUUUCAAUGCUACCUUAGUUCUAUUAGCAAUUGGUGCACAUGUAAUUGUAAUAUAUGAAUAGCAUUGUUUAAUGAGGCACUGUGCAGAAUGCACCAUUGCAUGUGCUUCUGUGAAGGUGAAAGUUGAAACUGUUGUAUUAUUGACUCAAUUUGAAUUCAUUCGGUUGUAGAUCUGCUCAGGAA